AUGCAAUCACGGUCGAGCGUGUGGUACAGGGUGAACAUCAAUCGUGCGGCUCAGAAGGCUGGCCCAGACCCCGGUUCCAAGGAAGGCACAGAUCUCCAUACUUCGAAGAAGCGCUUCAUCACCUCCGAAAAUGCAAAGGACAAAGAAAGGAGCUCUGACUGUGCCGCUGCAACAGAGAUACUGAGGGCCCAAUUCUCCUUCACCUUCCUGCAGGUCCUCAGCAUGAGCGUGGCCAAAGAGCCCCCCCUUCGGCAGCGCCCCCUCUCCCCGGGGCCAAAAGUGACCCCCCUGAUGCGAAAACUUGCCAACCAGCACGUCAUUCGAGCCGCCGAGAACCUCCUGAAAAUGGCGGACACAUUGCCCGCCCCUUGUGCUGAGCUGGAGUCAGCCUCAGAAGCUCUCCCGGCGACUUCAAAGCUCGAGACUGCAGAGCUCAAGACGGAGACGAUAAAGGAAGAACCUCCACCUCUUAAGCUACCCCACUUGUCGUCCGUUUCUUCCCAGAACCGCCUCGAGCGGCGGCGCAGCAAUCUCAAGACGCAGAUCAGUAAAGAGGGGGCCGCCAACAGCGUGAUUUCGCCCCCCAUGAGUCCCCGGAAAAACGUACAGUGGCGAGAGCAUCACGAGACGAAGAUCUUCCGACGGUCACCCGAGCCCUCAGAGGACCCCGAAGAGGUCAUCAAGGGUUCGGAGUCGGCUUCAGAAGAACGGGACGGCAGAGACGGUGCCACGUCUCCUUCCGACAACGCGCCCAGCAGCAGCGGGCACCGCGGCUGGUGGGAGGGUUUGGAGCGGGUUUUGGGUACGGCCGGCCGCGUGCUGUACCACGAGGUGGCGCUCCUGGCGGGGCAUAUGCCGCUCCAGGAGCACGCGCUGGGGCACAGCCUGCAGCACGUGGCGGACACGGUCAGCGACGAGUGCCACCGCCUGCUGACGGAUGCCGUACCGGAGUGGAUCUAUGAGCAGAUCAGUGCUGACGUGGACGAGCUGGCGGGACGGUUCGCGGGUCUGGCGGUGGCGAUGAACGGCGCGGAUGAGAUGGACCGGGGGGACCUGGUCAUUGCCGCGGCAGCGAUCGCAGCGGUCGGUGCGGAAGCGGAGGAGCAGAUGCGGACUCUGGUGGCCGGAAUGCCGCUAACGGAAACGGAACUCGCCGUCAAGAUGCAGGCGGCUCUUGACGCGAUCAAUGAGGUCGCUACCGAGAACGCCCCGUCGGAACGGCACGCGUUUCUGCACGCGAGCGUGACGUCAGAAAGCGAGCGGAUGUGCGCGAUGUUUGAGAACCUUGUGGUGGCGGCAAACAACGAUAAGGAGGCGGACCCGCGCGAGAAGCUGCUCGCGCAGGCGCUGGGCGCGCUGAGCCGCACGAUGGAGGGCGCGUUCACAGCAGCGGUCCUGCCGAUGGAGGCGGUAAAGCUGGACGGCAAGAUGCGGCGCAUGGUCGAGUUCGGGGUCGAGUGGCUGCGCCGGGAAGCGCGGACGAAAAGGAUCCCUUCUGAACAGGAGAACGGACUGCUGGCGGAACUGCGGCGCAGGGCGGAGCCGCUUGCGUCGGGAUACAGGGCGAAGAAUGUAGCAGCUCGAUUGCCAGCAUCUUCAGAAGGGGACGGUCGGAGUUGAAGGUUUGAUGCUCUAGGGAGAACGAUCCGAGAAACCGUACGCGGGAGGGCCAAUAAGCAUGCCACAGUGGUGGCGUAAGUUAGGUAGCUGUGGAUUGCGAGGUGUGUUGAGAAGGACAGCAGUCCUCUCGAAGGCCCGACUGUUUGAUCAAAGAAAUGUCAGUCUAGGUAGAUCGACUGCCAGACACGAUGUGAGAACCAUCUUCUUACAGGCUUGGGAAGUUGAAAGAUAUCAAGAAGUCUAGUAUAGGUGCCAGAUGCGCCAUAGAUCAAGAGCGCAAGAUCAGACUUCCAGAUGCUGUACAACAGAAGAUCAAUCGCGGGUUAGAAGAAUGAGCGCGGGAUAGGUGUGUCAAUCGCAGAUCUACAAAGUCCGAAGGCCGCUGACUCGAACCGUAGCAGACACUGAUCAACGCAGAAUGAGAACGAUUGAAUAGCAUCAGCUUUAGUAGUGGAUCUGAUCACUGGGGGACAUUUGCACGUGAUUAGAAAAGUGCCA